AAUAUCCACAAACCACAACCAAGCAAAUGUUUUUAGCUUUCUUCCACACCAUCAUCCAUAUUUACUAUCCACAUGCAUAUGUUACUUCUUAUUUCCUCCUACAGUUUUGAAAUGUUGAAAGCUCCACUUUGUUGUAGUGAGUUAUCUCUAGAACACAAGAUUCUAGCUUUUGAAAGACAGAUUGUAUCGGGGCGACGGGAUUCCAUCAAAGUUUCUGCGGGAAAAAUCGGAAACUUCUCUUUUGGUUCGAUAUUCAAAAGUUGUGAGACUUGUGGAGCCAAAGGAGCAAUCGAGUGUCCAGGUUGCAAGGGAACAGGUAAAAAUAAGAAGAAUGGAAAUAUGUUUGAGAGGUGGAAAUGUUUUGAUUGUCAAGGAUUUGGUAUGAAAAGUUGUCCUAAGUGUGGCAAGGGAGGCUUGACGCCUGAACAGAGAGGGGAACGAUAGUUGUUGUUUCUCUUACAUAAGUUAUAUAUAUAUAUAUAUAUAUAUAUAUCUGUGAUCAUUAUAAAAUGUCUUUAUUCCUAUAAUAUUACAGCCCAAUAUAUAUCUUGCAUGUAAACUUACAAGUCGUUGAUAUAUUAUGUUUUCGAUAGAAUGUGAACUGCAUUAAGGCU